GGCAACAAUAUCAGAGACAGCCCAAUUAAUCUACCUGCAUCUGAAUUGCAACUUCUUUAAUUGGGUGAAUUUAUAUUUUUUCUGGAAAAUAUCAUAGGAGGUCAAAAUGCAGCAUCUUGUAGACGAAUUCAGCAAGCUUUGGAAUGGAUGGGAAAUCCGAAUGUUGAUUUUACUUAGCCUUUUUUUACAAUACAUUCUCAUCAUAUUUGGUUCACGACGAAAAUAUAUAGCAAGAACCUGGAUACAGAUCCUAGUUUGGCUAGCAUAUAUGUCAGCAGAUUGGGUGGCAACUGUUGCCUUAGGCAUCCUUGCCAGAAACAGUGGGGAUUUUAAAAAUAAUUAUUCGAAAUCAAACCACCUGCUCCAAGCAUUUUGGGCACCAUUCCUUCUUCUACACCUUGGUGGCCCGGGCACUAUCACCGCUUACUCUUUAGCAGACAAUAACUUGUGGCUAAGACAUUUUCUUGGGCUGCUUGUCCAAGUUGGUGUAGCGUUUUAUGUCAUCGUCAGGUCUUGGAGCAACAAUGCCAUAACAUUUCUUGCCAUUCCAGUUUUUAUUACCGGAAUUAUUAAGUAUGGCGAGAGGACUUGGGUUCUCAGAUCUUCGAGCACCAAGCAAUUCAGAGAUUCCUUGCUCUCUGAUCCUAAUCCUGGACCUGAUUAUGCUAAUUAUGUGGAAGCAUUUGAAUCCACCAUUGUGGAGCCUGAUUCACUUGAUGAAGCAAGGGUCCCGCAGCCAGAAAUUAAUCCCGGGGUUGAUUAUCUGCGUUUAGCUGAUAACCUAUUCAAUAGGUUCCAAUAUCUCUUUGCUGAUCUUAUCCUCGGAACUAAUGAGCGAAUCGAUUGCAACAAAAUUAUUCCCGAGAAGUCACCUGAAGACGCCUUCAAGCCGAUAGCAGUUGAGCUUGGAUUCAUGUACGAUGUGCUCUACACCAAGGCGACUAUUUCUUAUUCGCAGAAAGGAAUAAUUCUCAGGUUCAUUAGCUUCUUUUCUGCAAUAUGUGUAUUAGUUGCCUUCUGUCUCAUCAUUGACAAGCAUGCUCUCCCCUUAGUUGACAUUAUUAUAACUUACUUGUUGAUAAUUGGAGCUCUUGUUCUUGAAGUUUACGGAUUCAUCCUACUUAUUAUCUCUGAUUGGACAAAGCUUUGGUUGAGCAAGAACAAGAAUCCACUCGCUAAUCUCAUUCGUGCUGUUACUUCUCCUUUUGAGCCACUUUUUACUAAACGUGCGAGGUGGUCAGGAUCCAUGGCACAAUACAACCUAAUUAGUGGUUGCUUGAAGCCAGCCAAAUGUCUCGCAGUUCAGAAGUUAUUUGGCAUCCAGGAAACGUUAGAGAAGUACCACUACAGAACUUGGAAGACCAUUGAUGUUCGUUUCCAGAAAUCGAUCUGUGAGCAGCUCCGGGAGAAAGGUAAUCAAAUUCAGUGCCCUCAAUUUGACAUAAAAGAAAAUUUCAAGCCAUUAAUGGCUCAGAGAGGUGAUUAUGUACUUGCAAACAAGGGCAUUCUUGAAGACUUUAAGUGGUGUACAACUUCUGUAGAAUUCGACCAUAGCCUCCUUCUUUGGCAUAUUGCUACUGAUCUCUAUUACCAUGAUAUAGCAGAUGAUUUUGACAGAAAUAAAGAGUUCUAUCAGAUAAGCAAAGGGUUGUCAGAUUACAUGUUAUAUCUUCUAGUUUUCUGUCCAUCUAUGUUGCCCAAAGGUAUUGGUGAGAUAAGGUAUAGAGAUACAUGUGCUGAGGCUAGGAGAUUUUUUAAACAGAGAAUGUCGACAUCCCAAAAGAUUAAAGAAGCUUGCAAGGCGUUGCUCCAAGUGAACACUAAUGUUCCAAUGGAAAAAAUAAAAGGAGAUAGAAGUCAAUCUGUGCUAUUUUAUGGAUGUAAGCUUGCUAAGCAAUUGAAAUCAUUGGAAAGACAAGAUGAAGUAUGGGAGAUGAUUAGUCAAGUGUGGGUGGAAAUGUUGACAUAUGCCGCAAGCCGUUGCCAAUGGAAAGAACAUGGUCAACAACUUACAAAAGGAGGAGAGCUUCUCACUCAUGUUUGCCUCCUUAUGGCACAUAUUGGCUUAAGUGAUCAAUUUCAAAUUCAGAAGGACUACAUUAACCGUCUCGACUCCUCAGUCCUUGAUCAAGUAUUCAGGAAUAAGUGUUUCUUGUGCUUUCUUGGUUGUACGUUAUGCACUAAGCAUUUGGUUUGA